AUGGAAAGGUUCAGGCCACUUCCCCAGCUUACAGGUGAUAACUACGCAUAUUGGAAGGCUCGAACAAGAACUCACCUUAAAGCUCAAGGAGAUCAGGUUUGGCGGGCGGUACUGACUGGUUGGACUCCACCUACAAAACCUGGAGAAAAAGACGGUGAUCCACCAGUGAUAAAACCUGAAACCGAGAUAACUCAAGCUGAAAUUACCACUGCUGGAUAUAACGAUAAGGCUCUUUACAAAAUCUAUUCCUUAAUGCAUGAAAAUCAAUUUUCGUUGGUUACAGGUAUUGAUUGUGCAAAAACUGCGUGGGAAGUACUCGAAACCACCUAUGAAGGUACACGUUCAGUUAAACAGUCAAAGCUUCAGCUGGUAAAAACUGAAUUUGGGGGACUUCGUAUGAACGAAGACGAAGAUAUUGUGAGUUUUCCCGAACGCAUACAAGAGUUAGCUAAUCGAGCAAUAAUUCUUGGAAAACCUUUCUCCCAACAAAAACUUGUCAAAAAAAGCCUAAGGUCUUUACCUCCGAGAUUCAGGAUGAAGGUAACCGCUAUUCAAGAACAUUAUGGCUGGGAGAACAAAUCAGUGGCUCAACUAAUGGGCAAUCUUCGAACCUACGAAAUUGAAAUUCUUACUGAUCACACCAAAAAGCAAAUGACAGUUGCAUUUGUUGCUGAAGAACAUGAUGAUACCGCUAACCCAGACGAAUCAGGUAUCUCAGAAGAAUUCACAAAACAAAAAUUUCAAAAAGGAGCAAGCUCAAACAUGUCGAAAACUGGUACAAAAACUAGCAUGUCAAAAUCAAAACCUGCUGCCUCACAUCCAGCCCACUCCAAGGAAAAAUCAAACAACAAAGGAGUAAAAGGCUACGAGUGUGAGGGUUUUGGUCAUGUUCAAGCUGAAUGUCCAACUUAUCUUAGGCGAAAGAAGUCCAUGACAGCCACAACUUGGAGUGAUGACGAACUUGAAUCAGAAGCUGCUGAUUCUGAUGCAGAAGAAAUGUUCGAUAAUUUUGUAGCUUUUUCUGCUAGAGUUGCGACAUGUUCAGAACCUGAAGAUGCAUCUGACACGGAGGGUGGUGAAUACAACUCGGCGAAAGACCAUGAAAUACCAUAUUUAUCUUAUGAAGUAGAGUUUAACAAGUUGUAUCCCAAGUGGGAAGCAUUACUUAAAGCAAAUCGUAUAGUGUCUAGUUACGAGGACACAUCAUACCAGAGUGUUAUUACUUCUACAAAGAACAAAGGGCCGAAAAAUAUAGCCAUAAGUAGGGAUGAAAAAUUUUAUUUCGACAGCGGUUGCUCACGUCACAUGACCGGAAAUGCAAAAUUUCUAAGUGACAUAAACACAAGCAACGGUGAAGUAACCUUUGGUGAUGGAGUCAAAGGACAAGUAACCGGAGUAGGUACUCUAAAUGUUGCAGGUCUACCGAAGUUGAAAAAGGUGCUACUGGUAAACGGACUCCAUGCCAACCUCAUAUGCAUUAGCCAACUCUGCGACCAAAACUCGAAUGUUAGCUUCACCAAAGACAACUGCAGCGUUAUGGAUAAUGAAAAGCACUGUGUUAUGGAAGGUCCAGCAUAA